AUUGUGAAAUCACACUCGAAAUUCACACCAACACCAUGGUUCAGUGCCAGGUCUCAUAAACUCGAUUGUGAGGGAGAAUGUGGAAAGGAAGAGAGAUCGAUUAAUGGCUAAUCCUAGGAGAACGUCGUUUUCCACCGCCAUCAACCACCACCAACUGCCCAGCUCCACCGUCAGCGGCGGCGGCCAAGCUCCAGCCACACUAUUGAGUUCAGCCAAGUCGUUCCUAAAGAAGCCUCACGCUUUCCCAUUCCUGCUCUCGCUUUUCCUUUUUCUGACCUGGGUCUCCCUCCGAUUACGACGACCCUCCACUCAUUUUCCACUCGGAGGAGGAUCGGAAUCUGGAUCUGAGUUGGGGCAGCGUGCGGACUGGUCACCUGACGAUGACCAUUUUGCCAAUUUAGCGCGAUUCUCUGCUUCUUCUUCACUUAUUGCCAAAGACAAGCGUGGAUGGCUGCUGAAUCCCAUCUCGCUUGCCCUAGAUGCUCAUAUUUCAGGGGGAGCAACAAGUUGUGCUUCAGUUCAUUUGGGUGAGAUCAAACCUGGUGGCACAAGGGGAAACCAUAGGCACCAUACAUGUAAUGAGACAUUUGUCAUUUGGGGGUCUAAAAUGAUAUUCAGGCUGGAAAAUAAUGCCCUUAAAAAAGGGUAUGCUGAGGUGAAACUUGGUGCAGAUGAGGUUGCUGUUGCAGCUAGCCCCAGUGGAACUGCUCAUGCUCUAGUAAACAUCGAUCCCGUGCGAAGUACAUUCUUCUUAGGGUGCCAAGAUAGUGUAGUUAAUCAUAGUGGCUCUAAAACUGAUUUUAACAUAUGGAAAGAUCUUUAGGCUUGUCUUUGCUCUUUCUACCCCUUUUGAUAACUGCAGCUGUGCAUAGCAUUUUCUUAUACAUUCAUUAUAGAUCGCAUUUGAGGGGUCCCAAGCAUAUAGAUUGUCGGGUUUAGGAUAGUGGAGACGGUUUAUAUUUGAUCUGUAGCAUUAAUUCA